AUACUUUCUAGAUUGAUUAAAUAGAUAGUUAAUUUUUAAAAGUAAAAUCAUUAUUGGAGUCUUUUAAUUCGGCUAAUCUACAGUCAAUGAAGUUGGUAAGCAAAAUACUCUUCAUUUUUAUAUUUGCACUUGCAGCAUUAAAGGUCCCCACUUGUUUGUCUUUUAUAUUAGUUGUUAUAUUGUUUUAUAAUCUUUAAUGCUUGAUUCUUGUAUUAUUUGUACAAGAUAAGAAAGUCAAGAAAAAGACAACAAUGGUCCCUUACAUUUGGGGGCAGGUUCAAAGUAGUCCCUUGAAUUUCUUCCAAGCAGUUCUAGUCCUUUAAGUUUGUCAAAAGCAAGCACUUUUGGUCUCCUUCAAAUGUUUAACAAACUCUGCCUGUUAGGUUUUACAAGAAUUGUGGGAAAAAAACAAAGACUUAAUGGGAACUCACAUUGGGAGUGCCAUUUUGUUGUUUAUUUUCUUGUAUCUUUGGUGUCUAGUGUAGUUAUUUAAAUGCAAUUUUUGGUGCUUGAUGCAGUUUAGAGUCUUACAAUUUUUGGGAUUUGACGAAACUUUCCUGUUGUUUCUCGUUAGAUCUUUUUUUUCGCGGUUCCCGUUACAUAUAAUAGGCAGAAUUUGUUAAAUAUUCGGAAAGUGGUAAACUUAAAGGACAAAAACUGCUCAGAAGAUAUCUUUAAUGGACUACUUUUGAACCUACCUUCAAACUUAAGGGACCAUUUUUGUCAUUUCUCAAAGAAAGUCCAAACGCGAGUAUAAGAGAGAUUCUGAGUGACAAGAGAACAUUUUGGGCAAUACUCAUAUUUUGUCUAUAAUAACUUUUCUACUUAUGUAUGUGUACUUGUUGAAGUUUUUAGAGUUAAACUAAUGGCUGCAGCCUGUUUUUCUGUUAUGUUCUUUAUGUUUCAUAUGCUUAUCUUCAACUUAGUUAAAGCUGACAGUAAAUCUUGUCCAAAAGAGUUCAAUUGUGGAAGACUUGGUAACAUGAGUUAUCCUUUUUCAGAAUUCAAGAAACCUCAUUGUGGAUUAUCCAAGAUGGAUUGUAACAACACUUUUCAACAUGCAAAACUUGUGCUUGAGGGAGUGUCUUAUAAUGCUUACAAAAAGUGGUUGUGGGUUAAUGGUAUCGAUCUUUCGGACUCGAUUCUUGAAGGUUAUUUGGCUAACAAAAGUUGCAAAUCCUUUGAAAGGAACUUAUCUUUUCCCAAUACUCCUUCUGCUUCAUUUGGAGUUUACAACAAUAUCACUUUGUUCAAGUGCAUGAAUGUUAGUGAGGAGAUAGGUGAUUAUUUUCGACGUUAUGAGAACUACUCAAAUUGUGAUGGCUUUAGCAUAUACUAUCAUAAACCAAGAACAGAUGGAAGACAUAGUAUUCCAGCUGAUCUUCCUGCAAAUUGCUUGAUUAUUCGAUUGCCUUUGAAGUAUCUUUCAUCGUCAGAACUGAUUCCUAAUGAUUUGUUCGACCUGUUAACUUCUAAUUUCACAUUAUAUUGGGAAGUGUCUAAAGAUUGUUCCAAGUGUAUCUAUAGAGAAGGGCAAUGCCAAAGUGACAGCAAAAAUGACUUCUUUUGCUCCAAAGCAGCAAAAAGAAAUUUAGGACUGAUUCUAGGCACAGUGCUUGGUGGUUUAUUUUUUAUCAUAGCAAUCAGCAUAGUGAUCCUUAUAAUAUGGUGUUGCAAGAAGGAUAAUAGAAGUUUUUCAAACAUUCUUCCAAGAAGCACCCCUUCGGAACCCUCAACACAAAGCUACGAGUUAGACAGCGGGUUCUUUGGGGUUCCCGUCUUCUCUUAUGCUGAACUUCAACAAGCUACUACGAAUUUUGAUUCCUCCCGAGACCUCGGGGAUGGAGGCUAUGGAACAGUGUACUAUGGGAAACUUCAGGAUGGGAGAGAAGUUGCGGUAAAACGCCUCUACGACCACAAUGCUAGGAGAAAGGAGCAGUUUGUAACUGAGAUUGAAAUCCUAACAAGGCUCAGGCACAAAAAUCUUGUCACUCUUUAUGGUUGCACGUCUAAACUCAGCGAUCGACUCCUACUUGUUUACGAAUAUGUCCCUAAUGGAACGGUUGCUGAUCACUUGCACGGUCAUAAGGCGAAUGAUUGCUCGCUCACAUGGCCAAUCCGCAUGAAAAUUGCUAUUGAAGCUGCUAGUGCUCUGGCUUAUCUGCAUGCUUCUGAUAUAAUCCACCGCGAUGUGAAGAGUAACAACAUACUACUUGACCAAAACUUCUGUGUCAAAGUGGGAGAUUUUGGACUUUCAAGACCUCAUCCGACUGAUAUUUCACACAUAUCGACUGCACCUCAGGGUACCCCUGGAUACGUCGAUCCAAAGUACCACGAAUGUUACCAGCUUACCGAUAAAAGUGAUGUUUAUAGCUUUGGGGUAGUCCUCGUUGAGCUGAUAUCGUCCAUGCCUGCAGUGGAUUUCAGUAGACAUAAUGAAGAGAUUAAUUUGUCUAACUAUGCAAUUAACAGGAUUUUAAGGUGUGCAUUCAAUGAGUUGAUAGACCCGACUCUUGGUUUUCAGUCAGAUGCAGAAGUUAGGAGGAUGACUACUUCAGUAGCCGAGCUAUCGUUUCGAUGCUUGCAAUUUGACAAGGACAUGAGGCCUACUAUGGUUGAAGUACUAGAAACAUUGGAAGAGAUUCAAAAUGGUGAGUUUAAAGAUGAUAAGAAAAGGGAGGGUAAUGGAAACACUAAAGAGAGUGUACAAGUCCCUGUUUCACCUGAAUCAGAAGUAGAUGUAUUAUUGAAGAAACUUCACAAGUUUCCAACUUCACCAAAUUCUGUAACUCAAGCGUGGAUUAGUGGCUCUAGUAUAAGUACCACUAGUACAUGAGAUUCAUAUGCUUUUUUUUUUUUUUCUUUUUCUUUUUUUUUUCUUUUAGUUUCCUAGUUCAUGUAGAUAAGCAGAAUUACACAGAAAAUUGAGCUAAGCCAUAACAUUAACUGAAUAUUAUUGGGUACCUGUUUCAUGCUCA